AUGACAAAGGAAAGCGCAGUAGGUCUUCGGAAGCUUAUUGACACAGUUUCGAAAAACGUCGACGCUUUAAAGAAUCUGGAUUUGCCGGUGGAAGGAUUGGGGGAAAUGAUGCUCUUGAACGUGCUUGUGAAAAAAUUCGACCUUGAGACACGUAAAGCGUGGGGAUUAAAUCAAAAGGACAAUGAGUUAGCGGAUUAUAAUUCCACAAUGGAAUUUCUCAAAGAAAGGUGUAAGGUGUAUGAAAAAAUAAGUCGUAGUAGCAAGGUGACAACAGAAGUGGUGAAACAAUUAGGUACCGCUGGAAAAACGGACACAAAGGUACACAGCCUUGUUACUACCAGUGAGAAGUGUUCGCACUGUAAGGGAGAUCAUGAAAUCUGGAGGUGUGAAGUUUUUAAGAAAAUACCAGUGAAUGAAAAAUACAAUUCUCUACGCAAGAGUGGUUCCUGUUUCAACUGUUUGGAGAAGGGACACGUCGUAGGAAAGUGUAAAUUGGAGCGGUCGUGCAAGCAGUGUGGCAAACGUCAUCAUACGUCACUGCAUCCCAUCGAAGUGCAUUCAGAGGAUUCGACGUUACAACAAUCGAACGUUGUAUCCAAAAUAGAUUCAUCGAAACCAACGAUAGAGGUCGCUGAUACUACGGCGACGCCAACAACCAGCAAAUCUGUUCUUUGCACGAAUGUCGAAGCUGACCAAGACACAUUACUGGCCACAGCCAUUGCACUCAUCCACGGUUCUGGGAAGAGAAUGAUGCAGUGCAGGGCAGUACUGGAUUCUGCUUCACAUAAGCAUUUUAUCACGGAAGCUAUGGUAGCUAAGCUUGGAUUAAAGCGAAAAAGGGCCAAUUAUACGAUCGUUGGUAUUGGUGGCAACCAGAUAGCCAUCCAGCACAAAGUGCACGCGAGAAUCAAAUCGAAAGUGAAUGACUAUGAGUCACAGUGUCUUGAGCUCUUGGUCGUGAAGACAAUCACAGGUGAUCUUCCAAUGCAGCAUUUCGAAACUGCCCAACUGAAUAUUCCAGAAAACAUUCAGCUGGCUGAUCCUGAAUUCAACGUACCCGGUCAGGUAGACGUCUUGAUCGGAUCAGGUUUAUUCUUCAAGCUCAUCAAACAAGGACAGUUUCAGUUGGCGGAUAAUUUGCCUGCUGUACAAGAAACUUCGCUCGGUUGGAUCGUGAGUGGCUUAAUUCCAACUAACCAAUUGGGAAUUGGCGGUACGCUUUGCACGGUAGUAACUGAAGAUGAUGUCGGUAAGUUACUUGAACGAUUUUGGUACUUUGAUUCUUACGACGAAACAACAAUGACGGAACAUUCAUCGGAAGACGUUUGCAUCACUCAUUUCCUUGAGACGUAUAGACGUGACGAAAGCGGCAGAUUUUUCGUUCGGCUACCUUUCAAUGAAGCGAAGGAGCAGCUUGGCGAUUCCGAAACCAUGGCCAGAAAAAGAUUUUAUGCAGUUGAACGACGAUUGAAUAAGAAUUCGGAUUUGAAACGACAAUAUGUUGAAUUUAUGAACGAGUAUACGAAGUUAGGUCACAUGGUGGAAGUUACGCCUUCGCAGAAUGAAAAUCCGACUGAAAUAUUUUAUUUACCCCAUCAUUGCGUACUGAAACCGACUAGCUCAACCACUAAACUUCGUGUGGUUUUUGAUGGUUCUGCGGAAUCGUCGACAGGAGUGUCCGUCAAUCAAACCCAAAUGGUUGGUCCGACGGUGCAGAAUGACUUGGUGUCGAUUCACUUGAAGUUUAGAACGUUCCAGUAUGCGAUCAGCGCAGAUAUCCCGAAAAUGUAUCGACAGGUUGGGAUAGAUGACGAUUUUUUGCGUAUUUUUUGGAGAAACAGUAGUGAUGAUGCCUUGAAGGUUUAUGCAUUGAAAACAGUGACGUACGGUCUCGCAUCAUCGCCAUUUUUAGCAACGAUGGCAUUGAGACAACUGGCUAAUGACGAAGAACAACGAUAUCCGCUUGCCGCCACGACUGUGAAGAAAUCUUUUUAUAUCGAUGAUAUGCUCGCCGAUGCGAAUUCUUUGGAAGAAUCCAUGGAGCUGCUGCGACAGGUGAUCGGCUUGCUGAACGACGGUGGGUUCGACAUACACAAGGUUUGCUCGAACUCAAAGGAGAUAUUGAAAAUGGUUCCCGAAGAGAAACGAGAAAAAUUUGGAGUAAUUGAAGACGCUGCUGUAAACGGCUUGAUGAAGACACUCGGAAUCGUGUGGAAUCCUGACAGUGAUGUAUUUACAUUCCGGAUUGCUGAAGCACUUCAAUCGACACAUUUCACAAAGAGGAUGAUCUUGAGCGAAAUUUCCAGAAUUUUCGAUCCACUGGGUUUCCUUGGUCCGGUGAUUACAAUAGCGAAAUUAUUCAUGAGGGAACUGUGGCUUCUUGAACUACAUUCGGACGACGUUCUGUCACAAAAUUUGGCGGAAUUGUGGAUAGAAUUUCGUGAGCGACUGCAAGCACUGAACGGAUUGGAGAUUCCACGUUGUGUAUUGAGUAGACAUUGCAUUAGUGUCGAGCUACAUGGAUUCGCUGAUGCAUCCGAUCUUGCGUAUGGAGCUUGUCUCUACGCUCGAUCAGUGUUCCAGGAUGGAACGGCUGAAAUGAAAUUGGUUUGCAGUAAAUCGAGAAUACUACCAAAAAAACAGGAGUCGAAAAAGGAAGUUACCACACCGCGUGGGGAGCUACAAGCAGCUCUUCUAUUGUCUCGUCUUGCUGUAAAAUUGAUUGCUGCCAUGGAGAUUCAGUUUGGGUCCGUUGUUUUAUGGAGCGAUUCUCAGAUAGUUCUCUGCUGGAUCAAGAAGGUCCCAAAUUUACUGAAGAUCUACGUUGGGAAUCGUGUAAAGGAAAUCCAAAUGUUGACGAAUGAGUUUAGCUGGCGAUACAUUCAAUCUAAAUUGAACCCCGCCGAUCUUAUAUCCAGAGGGGUCCAACCGAAUCAACUGCGAGGAAAUGAAAUGUGGUGGACCGGUCCGGAAAUCUUGAAACAAGCCAACUUUGAAACGGAAGAUCCACCGCCGACUCAGGAAGCUGAUAUUCCAGAAUUACGAGGAGUUGCUCUCUUCAACACGAACGUUCGCUAUAGAUUGAAGAUAUUCGACAGCAUCAGCAGGUUUUCGAUUAUGCAGAGAUCUAUGGCAUAUGUGAUUCGUUUCACGAACUAUAUAAGAAGUGGUAGGCAGUACAUAUCAAAGGGGUUGCCUACUACUGACGAAAUGAGGCGUGCAUUGCUGCUGAUAGUCCGACUGAUCCAGAAAGAGUGUUUUGGAGAUGAAAUUCGUGCACUAAAGGAAGAGAAGAAUUUUAAUCAUUCACUAAAAUGCUUGAACCCUUUCAUUGAUGAAAGAGAUGAUACACUACGUGUAGGAGUCAUGCUCAAAUACCAUAUGGCAGCAAGCAUCAGCUUCUGUUACCUGCCAGACAUCCUGUGA